ACUAAGAAGUCGGAAUGGGAACGAGGUGCCCAGCUCCCGUGGAGAAAGCUUAAGGACACCACGCCAGUGCUUUCCUGCCUUCCUUCCGAGAUGGAAAGAGGAGCUCCUAGCUCACUUAAGCCGGGGUAGGGCUGGUUCUCCUUUCCGAGCCAAAAUCCCAGGCGAUGGUGAAUUAUGAACGUGCCACACCAUGAAGCUCUUGUGGCAGGUAACUGUGCACCACCACACCUGGAAUGCCAUCCUGCUCCCGUUCGUCUACCUCACGGCGCAAGUGUGGAUUCUGUGUGCAGCCAUCGCUGCUGCCGCCUCAGCCGGGCCCCAGAACUGCCCCUCCGUCUGCUCGUGCAGUAACCAGUUCAGCAAGGUGGUGUGCACGCGCCGGGGCCUCUCCGAGGUCCCGCAGGGUAUUCCCUCGAACACCCGGUACCUCAACCUCAUGGAGAACAACAUCCAGAUGAUCCAGGCCGACACCUUCCGCCACCUCCACCACCUGGAGGUCCUGCAGUUGGGCAGGAACUCCAUCCGGCAGAUUGAGGUGGGGGCCUUCAACGGCCUGGCCAGCCUCAACACCCUGGAGCUGUUCGACAACUGGCUGACAGUCAUCCCUAGCGGGGCCUUUGAAUACCUGUCCAAGCUGCGGGAGCUCUGGCUUCGCAACAACCCCAUCGAAAGCAUCCCCUCUUACGCCUUCAACCGGGUGCCCUCCCUCAUGCGCCUGGACUUGGGGGAGCUCAAGAAGCUGGAGUAUAUCUCUGAGGGAGCUUUCGAGGGGCUGUUCAACCUCAAGUAUCUGAACUUGGGCAUGUGCAACAUUAAAGACAUGCCCAAUCUCACCCCCCUCGUGGGGCUGGAGGAGCUGGAGAUGUCAGGGAACCAUUUCCCUGAGAUCAGGCCUGGCUCCUUCCAUGGCCUGAGCUCCCUCAAGAAGCUCUGGGUCAUGAACUCACAGGUCAGCCUGAUUGAGCGGAAUGCUUUUGACGGGCUGGCUUCACUUGUGGAACUCAACUUGGCCCACAAUAACCUCUCUUCUUUGCCCCAUGACCUCUUUACCCCGCUGAGGUACCUGGUGGAGUUGCAUCUACACCACAACCCUUGGAACUGUGAUUGUGACAUUCUGUGGCUAGCCUGGUGGCUUCGAGAGUAUAUACCCACCAAUUCCACCUGCUGUGGCCGCUGUCAUGCUCCCAUGCACAUGCGAGGCCGCUACCUCGUGGAGGUGGACCAGGCCUCCUUCCAGUGCUCUGCCCCCUUCAUCAUGGACGCACCUCGAGACCUCAACAUUUCUGAGGGUCGGAUGGCAGAACUUAAGUGUCGGACUCCCCCUAUGUCCUCCGUGAAGUGGUUGCUGCCCAAUGGGACAGUGCUCAGCCACGCCUCCCGCCACCCAAGGAUCUCUGUCCUCAACGACGGCACCUUGAACUUUUCCCACGUGCUGCUUUCAGACACUGGGGUGUACACAUGCAUGGUGACCAAUGUUGCAGGCAACUCCAACGCCUCGGCCUACCUCAAUGUGAGCACGGCUGAGCUCAACACCUCCAACUACAGCUUCUUCACCACAGUAACAGUGGAGACCACGGAGAUCUCGCCUGAGGACACAACGCGAAAGUACAAGCCUGUUCCUACCACGUCCACUGGUUACCAGCCGGCAUAUACCACCUCUACCACGGUGCUCAUUCAGACCACCCGUGUGCCCAAGCAGGUGGCAGUACCCGCGACAGACACCACUGACAAGAUGCAGACCAGCCUGGAUGAAGUCAUGAAGACCACCAAGAUCAUCAUUGGCUGCUUUGUGGCAGUGACUCUGCUAGCUGCCGCCAUGUUGAUUGUCUUCUAUAAACUUCGUAAGCGGCACCAGCAGCGGAGUACAGUCACAGCCGCCCGGACUGUUGAGAUAAUCCAGGUGGACGAAGACAUCCCAGCAGCAACAUCCGCAGCAGCAACAGCAGCUCCGUCCGGUGUAUCAGGUGAGGGGGCAGUAGUGCUGCCCACAAUUCAUGACCAUAUUAACUACAACACCUACAAACCAGCACAUGGGGCCCACUGGACAGAAAACAGCCUGGGGAACUCUCUGCACCCCACAGUCACCACUAUCUCUGAACCUUAUAUAAUUCAGACCCAUACCAAGGACAAGGUACAGGAAACUCAAAUAUGACUCCCCUCCCCCAAAAAACUUAUAAAAUGCAAUAGAAUGCACACAAAGACAGCAACUUUUGUACAGAGUGGGGAGAGACUUUUUCUUGUAUAUGCUUAUAUAUUAAGUCUAUGGGCUGGUUAAAAAAACAGAUUAUAUUAAAAUUUAAAGACAAAAAGUCAAAACAAAAA